ACGUGUAUCGAUCUGAAUGCGCAAUCCGCUACCCACUUGUUAUUAAUGAUUGUUUAGAGUGCCACUUAUUGUUAGAGUGCCUUAUCUUAUCGCAAUGUUGACACAGCAAGAACUAGCUCCUGUCGUUCGAAACAAUUCUCUUUUUUUCCCUACCUACAUUUCAGCUUCUUCGACGCCCAACAUACCGAAUCGAAAUUUUGGCCCAUGUUGAACCUUUAAUUCUACUAUACAGGGUGUUUCCUCUAAGUUGAGCACGUAGAAUAUCUCAAAACGUAUAAUAAUAAAUAGGUGCAAAUUAUCCUUAGAAGUACCAAAAUUUCGACUCGGGAUUUAUCUUGGUUACCUUCAAAACGCGCGCGUUUAGCGUUGUUAACUGUAUUGUCAUUAACUGACAGUGAUAUGGGGAAAUUUAUGUUUUUCUCUUUCACGAAGAAAGUUAGCGUUUGGAUAAACUUAGUCUCCCUCUAUCGCAUGUGACGCCGUGUAAGAUUUACUGAUUUUAUUAUACUGUUGCUUUGUGAGGCAGCUGCUCUCGUUGUUUAUAACUGUAUUACAAGCUUUUACGUGUGUCGGCUUUCCAUUAACGUGUGCCCUCCGUGUUUUUGGAUCGUGAAUUUAAACGCCCAGUCUGCUUGCCCGCGAAAUGUGAACGGUACUCGUCACACUUGUAUGUAUCCUAUUUCUUUAAUGCGUAUAGAGAGAUGGAGGUACAUAAAUAGGUACUGUCUUUAAAUAAACUAACAUCUACUGGUCCGUGCGACGUUUAUUCCUCAUUGUAACUAGUGGCGUGAUUAAAACUGCCUGCUGUAGAAAUCUGCUUUUAUUAAAGUCUCCAAGCGCGAAUUUCUUUUUAUUUACUUACUUAAGACAUGUGUACCGCAUACUCGUUUCAAAAGAGAAAAUGUCUUUUAACGCUGCAUUAAUUUAUGCGUAUAUCACGGGAUCCGCGGACAAUGCCACGAUCACCGAAAUUCAGGAGGUGGUUGACCAACAAAGGAGGGCGAUUAAAAGAGAAAUGGAAAACUACGAGUACCCAAACGGAAAAUAUGGGAUAAACGUGAGCAAACUCGAAGAUUUAGUGAUGGAGAAGGGCGGCAGACCUAUGAGAAACAUAAUUCUGACGAGUUGGAGAAGCGGCAGCACGUUCCUCGGCGACGUGGUGAACGCGCACCCGGCCAAUUUUUAUCAUUACGAGCCGCUGCUCGACUACGGGAUCGUGCAGAUCCGAGAGUCGCCGCUCGCCGAGGAAUCCUUGACGAGGAUAAUCUCUCUGCUGAAUUGCGAAUACAAGGAGCUCGAUCGGUACCUGGAUUAUGGCAAGGAUUAUCAUCCUUGGGUGUUCAAUCACAACACGCAUUUAUGGCGGCAGUGCCAAGCGCAUAAACGCAUCUGCUGGGAUCAGCGUUUCGUCUCUAAAUUUUGCCGGCUCUUUCCGUUCCAAUCGAUGAAGCUCGUGCGGUUGAGGUUGCGAAUAGCGGAAAAUCUUUUGGCCGAAGAAGGUCUAGGUGUGCGACUAAUUCUACUCAUCCGUGAUCCGAGAGGCGUUCUGCAAUCCAGAAAGCACAGGGAAUGGUGUCCCGCUAAACCCGAUUGCUCCGAUCCGGCUCUGCUUUGCGCCGACAUGGUAUCGGACUUUAGCGCGGCGGUAGAACUGUCUAGAAAAUACCCACGUUCUUUCAGAGUGGUGCGCUACGAGGACCUGUCCGUGGACCCCUACAAGCACGUGCAGGAGCUUUACGAUUUUUACGGUUUGAACUUUCACGCGAACGUGAAGAGAUUCCUGGAUACGCACACGAAGAACGACAUGGGCGGCGUGUCGAGCACCUUCCGAAAUUCCAAGGUCGCGCCAUUUCACUGGCGGGCCGACCUAGACUUCGAGGAGGUUCGCGAGAUACAGAAGGUAUGCGCGACCGCCAUGCGACUGUGGGGAUACGUGAUGGCCUUAAAUUCUACCCACCAGAAAGACUUCGAUCCUAUCACAAAUUACCGGCUCCAGUUGUGACAGCUGGCAGGCGACAUGCUCAAUGUAGAUAUGAUGUAUAGUAUAUCGGUAUAGCGAAUAAUGGCAGCGCGCGGUCGAAAGUGCCGUUUAAUUCAUAUAAAUAUUCAGCGACAAGGUGCUAGCGGUCACUCAGGAAGAUAGCCACGUAUAACGAGAAUGUAUGUUGAUUUAUUCGAAAGGGAAACUUACGGAACGCCGAAUAUUUAGCUUUGUGCGAGACCUGAUAAGAAGGCUGCUUCUUUAAACGGCGACGGACUCGGAGGCGAGUAUUCCUUCGCAAUUUUUCUAUCGUACAACUAACACGAUCUAAAACACAGGGUGUUAGGGUAAAUUCCUGAGAGCUUGACGUGCGACACAAAUUAUGUCUAACCAUAUCGAUGCAAACGUUGCAAGUGCAUUCAAAACGUUUCUAAAUAUUGUGAAUCUUUCAAGAGAGAGGAAGGGUAUUUUGUGUCUAAUGUAUAAACUAUAUUCAUUAAUAUUAAUUGUAAUUAUAGGUAACUUGUAAAGAGAUUCGUAAUGAUCGCAGUAUCAUUAUAUUGUCUUUUUACACCUUUAAGAGAUAUUCCAUAUAGCAAGGCGAAAUUUUUAUAUCGAUCACGGAACACAAAGUGCACCCCCUCCCUUUUUAGAUUCAUACGAAUUCAUCGCUAAAAGCAAGAGACGACCAAAUUUAAUUUUUUAUCCUAUUAAUCAAUGAUAUAAUAUUAAUAUAUUACGAAAUAUACUCAUAUACGAGACAAAGAAUAUUUAUCUAAUAAGGAAUGUAUCGUGUCCAAUGACAGAAGUGAUUUUAACCGAUGUAUCGUGAACUAAAACUGAAUCUCAUAACGUUAGGAUCGUGUUUUGCAAUAUCAGUGGCAGUGUAGGAAAUUUAUCUCUACGCCGUUCGACAAGACAUUUCCACCGAUAUUCAAUGUGAUUCACGAAACAGAGAAGUACGAACGCAAUAUCAAUUAGCUCGUUUACGCCGCGGAACACUCGAUCUUAUCUCUUGCUCAUCGCGACGUUCGAGAAAACGGUCGGGCGGCGUGUGUCAGGGACGAGAGAACACGAGUUUCCACUCCACCGGCCUUCGAUGCGGCCGACGACGAAUUAUUACGAGUAUAUAGACGCGACCAACUUGCCCGCGAGCGCGUGUGAUUUUUAUAAAGUACGACACAGUCGUAAUAGCACUGCACACCUUAGAUACAAGAAAAUAGAACUUAUUACUGUGAGCUGUUUGUUGGCGACUUAGAAUAAGAAUACUUUUUUAAAAUCUUUACACGCUUACACAUAUUGAUUAUCCCAGGACAGCCUGGCACAUUCUCCGUUAUGUAUUAUAGUGUAAUUUUGUUGGAUUUUAUGUAUUCGCGAUUGUAUUCCGCGCGUCCUUGUGUUAUGCACCGAGCGCUAGAUUGUUAUCAGCUCUCCGUGUGAUCGAUUAAACCUUCCCACGCGUUCACUCGAAGUAGAAUCAAUUUCAAAUGUACACUAGGUUUAUACACAACAGAGUUUGAAUAUUGUAAAACGUGAUAUUACGACUCUGCCUCCCCUUUUAUUUUUUUUAGAGGACAGUCUUAACGUCCCAAAAUGCUAAUUAUUAUUUACGUUGUUCCAUUGUCACUCCGCAUGAAGCAGAUUAACGAAAUGAAUGUGAUGUCUCGUACGUACGGAUGAGACGUGACGAUAGCGUUGACGAGCCACUGACGCGAUCGCCAAUGCAAACUCGCGACAACACCUUCGUGCGAUCUCACGCCGUUAUUACGUACUAUUUUCUCGCGGAAUGGGUAUCUAGUCCAAGAGGAACGCGUAUUACUUCGCAUUUUGUACCUUAGCUGUAAAGGUUCUCCAAUAAAAGAAUCAUGUUUCUAU